AUGCCCGACAAGCGCACCCGAGGCUCGACGCACUAUUCCAAGCAUCCUGCCACACGCAAGGUCCGCGCCCGCAUCGCCGCCAUGGCCCCAGCGAAGCGCGAAGCCUUCCUCGCCAGAAGCCACGAGUACCAGGCCAUCCGCGCCUGCUGCCUCCGCGAGUCCCAGCGCCCCAGCUAUCUCAACGCCUCCAUCGCCGAGCGUCGCACGAUGCUCGUCGCGAAUGCGCGCACUCUGCUCGAAAAACGGCGCGACGCAGGCAAAAUCGACGGCAAGGUCAACCUCAACGACAUUGUCACGCGACACUUGCAGAAAGAAUCCCAAGAACGCACAAGGGCUCAUAUGGGCGUGCCAGUCCCGCCGCCCGGUCAAGGCCUGGCCAUGGAGAAACGCGAGACGGUCACGCUGUUUGACGCACCCGCCACCCCAGCGGGGGAGGCCUUUAUGAAAUUCGACGAGGAGAAGGAGGGCGAGGGGGACCCGGAGCUGGGCGCCAUAGCGGUCGCCUACCCGGACUAUGCCGUCAUGCGUGACAUUGUGGACGCGCUGCGGCGUGAGGUUGCGUGUUUAAAGGACGAAGUUGGCGCGCUGAGGGGCGAAGUCAAUAUCCUACGCCGGGGAGACCCAAUAGAAGACGACUUUCUGUAG